GCGGCCAGACUUGCUUGCUGAAUUGGUGGAAGUGUUGGAGCGCAAUGGUCGUAUGAGCCUGAACAAGAUUCUUAUAGCUUUGAAGAAUAGGGUUGAUGUCAAGAAUACGCGAGACAUCUUACUAGUCAAGUCGAUGCUUCGAAAAAUCUGCCAUUGGAAUGCGGUAGACAAGGUGUGGGAACUUAUGGAUGAGUAUGUCAGUAAGCAAUAGUGAGAGUAUGGGAAUCUGAGAGUCUAGGACCUUACGUGGGGUACUUUUGGAGUAUGCAGCAUUCGGAUAUGCGUACCACAGGUGGCGGUACACAGUGUGCAUCUAAACAACAGCUGCGUUUGACGAAAACGGAAGAAGGUGUACCUGAUAAGCAGGUGGGAGGUGGGAGACAGCCUCAUAAGUGCAAACCUCGUCAGGAAGGGCCAACUACAUGUCAUCGGGCACAAUCCUUAUCACAUGCUUUGCAUCUACGAUGGCUAACAUGUACGCCUGCGUACGGCAGGAAACUAAUGAAUUUCAACAGUUGUAUUACGAAUUCGAACUCUCGUAGCUUGAAACCACUUGAUGCAAAAGCCUACCAAUGCCCGGAUAAAUAGGAGAAAUAGACAAAUCAGAUGUAAUUAUAAGAAAGAGUGCUCACCG